GAAUUGUAGCAAUAGGAAGGAGAAUUACAGGAGAAAAACUGUGUCACGCAAUCAAUCAAUACUCUCAAAUUCAACCACUCUCUCUACAGUCUUCUCGUCGGCAGUGAAAUUUGUGGGAGAGUGUUGUAAACUUUGUCAGUGCCAGAAUCUAGAGAGAGAAAAUACUUCAAUUCAUUGGAUCGGCGAUGGCUUCUUCCUCAGAUCGCGAAACCUCCGUUUACCUUGCCAAGCUCGCCGAGCAAGCCGAACGCUACGAUGAAAUGGUGGAAGCUAUGAAGAAAGUGGCGAAGAUGGAUGUUGAGUUGACAGUGGAGGAGAGGAACUUGCUUUCGGUGGGGUACAAGAAUGUGAUUGGGGCUAGGAGAGCUUCAUGGAGAAUAUUAUCUUCAAUAGAGCAGAAGGAGGAAUCCAGAGGGAAUGAGCUGAAUGCUAAGCGGAUCAAGGAGUACCGGCAGAAGGUGGAGUCAGAGCUCACCAACAUCUGUAGUGACAUCAUGACCGUCAUAGAUGAGCAUCUCAUUCCUUCGUGUACAGCUGGCGAGUCUACUGUGUUUUACUACAAGAUGAAAGGGGAUUAUUAUAGGUAUCUUGCAGAAUUCAAAGCUGGUAAUGAGAGGAAAGAAGUUGCUGAUCAGUCACUGGAGGCAUAUGAGACAGCCACCACCACAGCGGAGGCUGAGUUGCCUCCGACACAUCCCAUUCGUUUGGGUUUGGCUUUGAAUUUUUCGGUCUUUUACUAUGAGAUUAUGAAUUCACCUGAGAGAGCUUGUCACCUUGCCAAGCAAGCUUUUGAUGAAGCAAUAUCUGAGCUGGACAACUUGAAUGAGGAGUCAUACAAAGAUAGCACCUUGAUUAUGCAGCUUCUUAGGGACAAUCUCACAUUGUGGACCUCUGACAUACCAGAGGAUGCAGAAGAAGCUCAAAAGCUCGAUGCUGCCAAGAAAACUGGAGGAGAGGGUUCAGAGUGAAUCAACUGAAUGCUUAUGGCCUGGAAAUGUCAAUUUGUGGGGGAGAGGAUGAUACAAUACACCCACAGAAUACUUGGUUUAUCGUGUGUCUCGUUAGUUAUGGCUUAACAGUUUGCUUAGCCAUCUUCCUUUAUUGAAUGAAGUACUGUGUUAUGUGAAUUUGGUUUGGCAUGCAGGUGGUUUUAUUUUUUCAAUUACUACCUUAGCCUAGAUGGAAGAUUUGUGUGUUUCUCUUUCCUUCACUUAUAUUGAAUAUUAUUAUCUCUGAAGGCAACUUGGUGUGGAUUUUACCCACCAAUCAGAGAACUUAUUCCCGUGUGAGUUCAUGAAUAAGGAAAAUUUAGCAAA